AUGACGGAGCUCACGCAUUGCCACACGGCACAAGGACAAUUUUUGUCGUCUAAUAUGCCGCUUUCUGUGCUGCUAUAUGGAACAUCUGUGCCCAGGGGCAUCUGUUCCUGCCCCUGUAAUGACGUCUACGGCGACUCUUCAAGAUCCGCACAUUGUGUCUUCGAUGAUUCUGCAAAAAGACGAAUUUAUCCAAAUAAGAAGUUGAUCCACGCUGGCUUAGUUUAUUAUAACACAGGGAUGGGUGUUAACAAUACUGCUUGUCCGCAUUCUUGUCUUGAAAUGCGCGGGGGCCGGCUCUUGUAG